UGGACAAAGUGACGCAGGAAUAUACCAGAGUGCACAUGGGGCGCAGAGACGAGUGAUGCAGCACCGGAGAGUCAAACACAUGGACUUAAAGUGUUGAUCUUUUACCGAUUUCAUUUGGCGUUGCUGGUGCGAGUGAGUCACGGUGGCUUUAUAAGCUCCGGACAGCCCUCUGCUCUGGAGUUUGGAGGUCUUUGGAGAGCGACACAUGCAGCAAGUAGUGGCAUUUCCAGCACUCACCCAGGAGGGUCCUACAGUGCCAGUGCGCCUCACCAUCAUGAGGUCCUUCUUCAUGCUGCUCCUUUCUCUUUUACUGGUGUCUGAUGGAUCCUCAGCAGUGAUUACAGGGGCCUGUGAGAAGGACUCCCAGUGUGGAGAGGGCAUGUGCUGCGCCAUGAGUUUGUGGAUCCGCAGCCUCCGUAUGUGCACCCCCAUGGGCCACGAGGGAGACGAGUGCCACCCGCUGAGCCAUAAAAUUCCAUAUUCGGGUAAAAGACUCCACCACACAUGCCCCUGUGUGUCCAACCUCGUGUGUAUCACCUUAGACGACGGGAAAUCGAAAUGUUUGUCGCCUUAUAAUUACCCAGACUACUACCUCUGA